UCUUUUCCCUGCCCAUUCCUUCUGCAUUCAGCAUGUCGAUUAUGAGUACUGAAUGUUAGCUUGUCAUUUAAUAUAUCCCAGACCUUGACGUGCACUGUUUUUACCAGGUAGUCAGAGUUAAUCGCUUCAUUUUGGCAAGAGGUCAUAAUGAUUUGAUUCAUCAACAUACCUGUAUAUGGAUUCCUAUCACCUUUUAUGUGGAAUAUGACAGUGUCACAUGAGGCUGUUCCUUGGGGAAUUUCACUUACAGCCUUUAAAAAAAUCCUCAAAGCUAUAUAAAUUAUAAUAGGAGUUGAAUAUGCCAGAAAUAAUUUGUCAGCAACCAUGUAAAAUUUGUGCGCUGUAUAUACCUUAGUUAAUGUAUGCGGUAGUCAAUUGACUAUCUGAGUGUACCACUAGAUGUCGCCAAUUCACCUUGGUGAAGGAGGAAUGGUUCCUUUUGUGCUCAUUAUGUAGAGGUUUCAAUUGCGGUGCACUGUUACACGUACUGAUUCUGGAUCAGUCGGCGAUGUGCAUGAAAUGGGGUUGAUAAAUGGGGUUGAAUAACUUGUUCAGACAACGGCUUGGUACCUGUAUGGAUAAAAGAAAGGUUGUACAAACGCGUACAGCUGCACUUGCAAGCAUACCGUUUGUGGAUACGAAUACUUGGACGUAAAUCUAGCCUUACCUACAUUGAUUAUUUUUUGUUUUGUGAUGGACUUCGUCAAAAGUCCCAAUCUGAGUUUUGACGCCUUUUUAAUAAUCUAAACUGAAACGAAUUGUUUCCAGAACAUGUGCCAAAGAUAGCUGCGAAAUGGGAAAUUCGGUUCGGAAGGGCAUUGCGGUAUUCGUGGACCAGACCCGAAUCAAAAGCGUGCAGAACUCCGCGCUAGGUGCGGCUGCGGCUGGACCUCACCCGCAGCUGAAAGGUGGCAGGCAGACGGUGGAGGGCUAUCUCUGCAAGGGCAGCGUGGUCAUCUUCACCGGGACAACCUGCUCACGAUAUGCCCAGGUGAGCGAGACUCUCACACUGGCUGGUACCUCUUACUUCACCGUGCAGCUGGAUCAAAGAGGGGACAAGCAGGAAGUCCAGCAUGCCCUGUGGCAGCUCACACAGCAAAGAUCACUGCCCGCAGUGUUUGUGAACAAGAGCUACUUCGGAGAUGCAGAAAAAAUAUUCCAGAUGCACAGGGACGGGACGCUGAGGGACCUCCUUAGGACAGAGCUGGGAAGUAUCUCUGAAGGCGGGUACGACUAUGACCUGGUGGUGAUUGGUGGUGGAUCUGGAGGCCUAGCUGCAGCCAAGGAAGCUGCCAGCUUUGCCAAGAAGGUCCUCGUCCUUGACCUCGUGACCCCUUCUCCUAAAGGAGCCACAUGGGGACUUGGUGGCACCUGUGUCAACGUGGGCUGCAUUCCCAAAAAGCUGAUGCAUCAAGCCGCCCUACUGGGCCAAGCGAUCCAGGAUUCCCGCAGGUUUGGCUGGGAAUUCGAACAACAGGUAUCACACAGCUGGAGCUGCAUGACUGCGGCCAUCCAGAAGCGCAUAAAGGCCCUGAACUUCAGCUACCGCCAAGACCUGCGGGAUGGCAAGGUGGCAUACCUGAACGCAUUCGGGGAGCUGGUGACGUCGCAUGUUGUCAAGGCGACAGACGCACAAGGGAAGGAGACUUGCCACUCGGCCUCCAUGUUUAUCAUUGCCACUGGAGAACGACCCCGAUAUCCAGGCAUCCCUGGAGACCGUGAGUUCUGCAUCACCAGUGAUGACCUAUUCUCGCUGCGACACUGCCCUGGGCACACGCUGGUGGUGGGGGCGUCCUAUGUCGGCUUGGAGUGUGCCGGGUUCCUGGCCGGACUGGGCCUGCAGGUCACCGUCAUGGUGCGCUCCGUGCUGCUGCGGGGCUUCGACCAGAAGAUGGCUCAGAAGAUCGAGGAGUACAUGGUCCUUCAUGGAGUCCAGUUCCUGCGGCCUUUUGUUCCCACCAAGAUUGAGCAGAUCCAAGAUGGCCGUCCGGGGAAGCUAAGAGUGACGGCCGUCUCGACCAAUGGAAAGGAGACAUACGAAGGAGAGUUCAACACCGUACUGCUGGCUAUCGGACGGGACGCCUGUACCAGGAACAUCGGCCUCGACCGCAUCGGAGUGAAAUACAAUCAGCAGACCGGCAAGAUCCCGGUGGACGAGGACGAGCGAACCAGCGUGGGUCACAUAUACGCCAUCGGGGAUGUGCAGGAGGGCCGGCUGGAGCUGACGCCGGUGGCCAUUCAGGCGGGCCGUCUGUUGGCACGGAGGCUCUAUGGGGGGUGGAGCACCAAGGCAGGGACACACACGCACACACGUGCACACACACACAGACAGUGUGACUAUGCAAACGUGCCCACCACGGUCUUCACCCCACUGGAGUACGGGGCCUGCGGCCUGUCAGAGGAGGCCGCCACAGAGAAGUAUGGACAGGACGACGUCGAGGUGUACCACGCCUCCUACUGCCCACUGGAGUGGGCGCUGCCCAGCAGAGAUAAGCGCAGCUGCUAUGCGAAAGUCGUCUGCCACACGCCUGACGAUGAGCGGGUCGUAGGCAUCCAUGUCCUGGGCCCCAAUGCAGGGGAGAUCAUCCAGGGCUUUGCUGUGGCCCUCAAGUGUGGUCUGACCAAGGGGCAACUGGAUGCCACCAUCGGGAUCCACCCAGUGUGUGCCGAGGUGCUAACCGAUCUGACGGUAACCCAGCGUGCCGGCGAUGCCGCGGCCGUCCGAGGAGGGUGCUGAGGCUAGCCGCCCUGCAGCGAGCUCACGCCGUGAUCCGGCGAAACGACCGCCAGCAUGAGGCGGGACAGGUCGCCAUGGAAACGGGUGCCGCAGCGGGGGAAAGAACGAGGUGCCGUUUUUGUACUCGGCAUGAUGCGUGGAGCAAUGGGCAGCAGUCUGGCUCGCGGCCAGCCAAUGACGUCUCAGCCUGCAGCCUGAUUGACGGGUGGGCGGGGACUGAUGCACUGCUACGCCAAUGCUCAUGUACUGCUUCGUGUUAUGUUUUAUUUUUGUUUUGUCAUUUUGUUUAAAUUCAUUGUGUUAUGGGGAAGAAUGUAUUUCUCAAGCAGAUACUGGUCUUAGCACAGAUCUUGGUACAAUGCAGACCGAAUUUACCUAUUAGAGCUGUCUUGAUAGACUAUUUGACUCUCCGCACUGAUUUAAUUUCAGAUAUGUUAAAUUUAAUUCGGUUCAGUGCUUGAAUUCAGCUUGAAGGUGAGAUGUCAUUUAAUAGCUGAUACAGCAAUCAGAUUGUCAGCCAUUAUGGGAAGUAACAGUAAAUGUUUUAUUUACACCUAAAUCUGCAAAUGGUUAAAGUAAAUCAAAUCUAGAGAAGUUUUUACAAGACAUGAUAGUGAUGUACGUAUUCUUGAAAAAUAAA